AUGCUCCUCUUUAGCGUAUUAGGGACAAUUCUUGCCCUGAUAUGCUCAGGAACCAUGAUUAACCGGUACUUUUCCUUUAAGAAACAUAGACACACCGAACCACUAGUACUAAGUGUACUACUAGUUAAUAUGCUAUUACUAUUAUCUACAGCUUGGCUCUUCCCUUCUGAUAUAUUUUCUACUGCUGUAAAAAAUAAAUCUGAUGGUGAUGAAUUUACAAAUUCUACUACUACGCUGAUGACCAUAUCUAAUGAAAAAUCUUCACUUGUGAAACGUAUGAUACAAAAUAACAUAACAUCUGGAAACUCAAUAGAACAGUUGACCAAUAUUUUGACAAAUCUGGAUAUUAAUGAUGCUAUAAUAGACGAAUCAUCAAGCUUUCGAUCGGAAUGGCUAUUUAUUUAUUGGUUAGAGUUUAUUAUUUGCUGGUUAAUUAUACCUUUAUUAAUUUCUUAUGUGGGAUUGAAAUAUUCAGUUCCAGAAACAUUUAGACGUCAAAGAUUUUCUAAAGCUUUAAUGCAUAAUAUUAAAUUUUAUUCCCUAUGCUUCAUUGGAUUAUUAGCGGGUCUUUUCUAUCUACUAUUAUCAUCAAACCAUUCUGUUACAAUUAAAACGAUUAAGCCUCUUCUAAUUUCACUAUCACAUUUAUACUCUCUAUCGUUCACUUUAAUAUUAUUAUCUACUGGUAUAGUACUUUUACCAAAAGAUUUAAUUGCGCAAGUUAGAGACUCCACACAUCAAUCAAAUAACAAAUUGUUUGUUGCACUAUCAAAGACAAAUGAAGAUUUAAAUGAUGCCCAAUUAAAUAUGAUAGAUUUUGCUCGUGAAAUCUUGAAUACCCCAGAUUCACAAAUAGGUGACAUUUCAUUUAAUCAUACUUUACAAUUAUGCAAAUUUGAAAUUCAGAAUUUAUUAAGAACUCUCAAAAAUUUACCAUCACAAUCAAUACCAACUAUUUCAAAUUCAAUUGAAAUAUCAACUAUAACAACUUUUGAUAAAUUGAAUAAUAAAUUUAAUAAAUUCUUAAACGAGUAUUAUAAUUUCUUAUAUGCAGAAGCUUAUUCAGAUUCUAUUAUUCACCAAUUGGCCAAAUCAGAAUCAACACCAAAUAUAUUUAUUAAAUUUAUGAAAUUUUUUGUUGGACUAUUAUCAACUAUACUAAGUAUAUUAUUAUUCUUCUUAGAAUUAUUUCCAACUAGAUGGGCCCAUGGCUGGAUCUUCAAUGGCACGGCAUGGUUUAAUUUUUUCUUUGAAUUGAUUAUUUUAUCAUACGCGAUAUUAACUUCCUUAUAUGCUAUGAGUAAGUUCAAGUUUAAUAAUUUACAUUUAAUUCCAAAUGGUCAAAGUAAUCCCAUAAACGCAUUAUACUAUUCUUUAUAUUCUUCAAGAUUAUUAUUUCCUUUGUGUUUUAAUUUAAUGACAAUGAUACCAAAUUCAACAUCAAAUAUAAAGAGUAGUUUCGAAACAACUUUAUAUGAAGAUUUAACUUUUAUUCCUUUAGUAAAUUUCCUAAAUAAAUAUCUACCAAUAGUAUUUAUGAUAAUAAUUCCAUUAAGUUAUAAAUAUGACUUAAAAUCGAAGUUACUAAUUAAAAUCUUAGGAGAGGAAUAUUAUUACUUAUUCUUUGGCAUGAUGCUGUAUGAACCAGUUUCUGAAAUUCGUGGUAAUGAAGAAAUGGAGUCUGGAAUGGGCUUGUUUUCAUCAAGCACUAACUCUCGUGGAAUUAAUAAUGAUAAUACAAAUGUCAAUAAUAGCUCUCGUUCAAGAAUUAAUCAAGAUUAUGAAUAUUCACUACAAGAUGGUAGAUAUCUAUUUGAGAGAGCUUCAACUCAUUAUAGUCUACUUGAUAACGAAGCAAACAGUACUGCAAACACUUUUUUAAAUGAUAGUAGUUUCCUAGAUGAUAGUAACAACAAUAACAAUCUGAUAUAG